UGAUGUUUCAAUUGUUUUACAGAAACCUGUGAACAUAAGUAAACCUUUUUUUAUUUAUUUAUUUAUUUUUUGUAUUAUUUCCAUAAGAGACUAAUUUCAUAACAUUUAAAUUUACUUACAUAGUGGUUAUUUAGAGCCUGCUUUGAAAACUGUAUACCUAGCCGUCAUUGUAAACCAUUUAUUUGCUGGGAGUAACGUGCAAUGCUAUUUUCAGCCGACUGUUUAUGUAUAACUCUUUCCUUUUUAUUUUAUAUAAUCUGAAUUAUUAUUUUUUUUUCAGUAAACGCUGUUAUCAAUGUUGAAUUUGAUAUUAAAUUUAAAGAGAAUUAUACAGACGCACUGGACAAUCAACAAUCAGAUGAAUUCAAAAGCACAUCGGCAAAAUAUGAACAAUUGGUAAGUUGUUUUUGUAUAAAAACCUAAAUUAGUUAGCCCUAAAGAUUUUUUUCUUGAAUAUUAUCGAGCAAUCUAUGAGGAAAAAAUAAUAAUUUUUUUUAAAACAAUUUUUAGUUCUGUAAAAAUUGUUGUUUAAUCUCAAUUCUAUUUACAACAUCAGUAUUUUUCAGAAGUCGGAUCAGUUUGGAAUAAACUGCAUGUGAAGAGGAGGAAAUUAGUUGGGUUCUUUUUCCCCACUGAACUUGCUAAUUUGCUAACUGUAAGGUAAAUGUGUCCACAGCUCAAGGCACAGUUCCAAACAGUCACAAACUUCAAAGAGAUCAUAAUCCUUGGGUUUUGGUAAGUGAGUAUAACGAUACAAUUGUUUGAUUAGCAGGAUCGUGGCAAGAAAUCAAUACGACCGCGCUAAUACUGAAUAUGGGCGCCCUCUUCCCUAAAUAAUUAAGAUGAAAUAAUAAACCGUGUGUGCUUGAAGACGACGCUCUGGGAUUGGAAUCCCGACUUUGCCACCUCAUCCCACAGCACGGCCAUGAUGUUGGUCUUUCAGAGGGUAUGGGUGGAGGUUAGGAGACUGAAGCUAAUCAUAGGUCAGUGGGUAAUGUUCAUUCGUACUUCUUAAAUCUCUCUGUGUGCAAUUUAUCUAAAAUGUUUAUACUUUUAAACAAAGAGUUAAGGCAAAUAAGGGGGAUAAUUAAUAAUUUGGGUGACACGGUAUGGUCAACUUUUCUGUGUUUAGUUAACGGAAUUGCACACGUCCAAAAAAAAAACAACUAUAGAUUUAGGACAGGGCGUAAAAGCUUAUUGAGUGUACCCUGUCAUCCAGAUUUACCAAGAGUGAUCAAUAUAUCUUUGACAGGCCGACAAAAAGGGAAAAAAGUACGAAAAGGUCAUGAACAAAAAAAAAAAAGCUGUAAAUGAAAUUGGCAAACGUGCUGAAGAAAUAACUAUACAUUGGAUAGUCAACAAAACUGUUCUACACUAUUAUUGGAUAUAGUACUUUAGAGCAAGCCCGUUGAACAUAUUGUGUCAUUACGGUUUUCCACCAAAAAAAAACCAACAACCCACAACAACGGAUGUAAGAAAAAAAAACGAGGCACAGUAUGAACUGCAGUGUUACGGAUUAGGGGAAACUAUCAGAGACUUAAGAUCUUAUAUAAUUAGGUGUGUGGCAGAGCUGUCUGCUGUCACAAUUCUCUUGUGAAGAUUCAUCGAUUGGAUAGUGACGAUGGCAACAAAAAGUAAGAGAAAUUGAGUGCAAUCGACAUUUUUUUCCAAGAAACUGAGCAUUGCAGAAGACACGGUCCUAUUAUCAAAAAUUAAAAGCUGCUUUUAACUACACAACCCCCCCCCCCCCAAAAAAAACAAAAAAAAAAAAAAAAAAAUAAAUUAAAAAAAAAAAAAAAAAAAAAAAACAAAAAAAAACAUUGCCGCCCGAAGCGGACCACCCCUUCAACCCCAGAUUCCUACGCCUUUGCAACUAUUUAAAAGAUGCUAUUGGUGUUUUUUUUUUCUACUGAUACCUCCAGGCGUGGCAGCACAGGCGUCACAUACAAGGUUGUACUUAAGGCUUUCGAGAACAAUAACCAAACGGUCAACACGACAAAACUCAUCCAGGAGAUGCAGGCGAUGAAGUCCAGCUUGAUGAACAUCACAGGUGUUGAGCCAGACUAUGUGAAUAAAACGUUUGAUGACGCCGUCACCAACUGUAAGAAUAUCUGGCAUAGAAUACUACUCCCUAAGCAAUCGUAUAGUUUUCUUAUCAUUUUAUGAUAUGUGAACAACUGUGUGUUGUAGGCAAUUUUAUUUCGCGAAAACUAUGAAGUUUGGGCAUUUUGUGAUAUUUUUUAAAUAUUUUGUUGGGGGUCAACAUAUUUUUCUUAGGCAUGACUUACAGGCGAUAUCAUUUUAAUCUGUGUGGGUGAUAGAAAUAUUUUAUUUCUUAGAUGUAGAUUCUAAUUUCUCUCUCUCUCUCUCUCUCUCUCUCUCUCUCUCUCUCUCUCUCUCUCUCUCUCUCUCUUCUCUCUCUUUUUCUCUCUCUCUCUCUUAUCUCUCUCUUUCUCUCUCUCUCUCUCUCUCUCUCUUUGUCUCUCUCUCUCUUCUCUCUCUGUAUAUAUAUAUAUAUAUAUAUAUAUAUAUAUAUAUAUAUAUAUAUAUAUAUAUAUAUUUACACUACUCGUAAACUAAAUUAAAAUGUCUAUAAAACUCUCAAACUCGUAUCGUACUUACACAAUUGCGAACAAUAGAAACUUAAUCGUAUGUAGCUCAGAACUAAUAUAUUUUUUUUGUUAUCAACAGUCACACAUGUCGUGACCGAAGCCCUGCAGGAUAAAUGUCUGUUAGAAAAUAUUUGUGACGCAGGAUAUGAAUGUGACCAGGCCUCACAAGAGUGCUUCUCUAAGUGCAAGUUUCUCACCUGUUCUGACAGGGGCGAGUGUUAUAUGGAUCGACAGAUGAACGCCCAAUGCAGGUAGUUUGUUAUAAGAUAAGAUAUGAUAAUAUAAGAUAAUAUAAGACAAAAUCUAUAUAAAAAAAGGAAUUUUUUAAAAAUUACUGUGUACAUAUUUUCAGCAUAUAAUCAAAGACGUAUUAAACAAAGUCAACAUUUUACAAUUAUAACAGUUAACAAACACGAUACCUAAGCUAUUUGUCCUAAGUAGAAAUCAGCCGUAAAUGAACUCCUUCAUAAAGGAAAAUAUAAUAAUACAAAGGGAAAAAAAUGAAUUAGUUUAGUUUUAAAUUACUUUGAAAAAAAUGAAAAAGUCUGUCAUAUUCCAUUCUUAGUUGAAAUUCUGUACGAAGAUGAUACAUUUGCCAAUAAAUAAAGUGUAAUAAAGAUGGAAGAACUCAAUGUCCUAGUUUAUAAAAAGCUCACUUUGAUCUUAUUCGUGAACAAUUUUUUUUUAACAAUAAAAAGGAUGUAUUUGUUUUAAAAUCAUUUCUUUGUCUUUCGCAAUGAACAUCAUUUCAAAAACAGUUUUCAUAGACAAUAUAUAUAUAUAUAUAUAUAUGUAAAAUUGUAAUAGAUGCAGAGAGAAUGUCACCAAGGCGUAUGAAGAUGAUGAUUGUUCCACUUCACCAAAUCAGGUGGGCUUGUCUCAGAACGAGAUCAUUGCCCUAGGAACGGGACUUGGUGGCGCCGUGAUUAUCAUCGGCGUCAUCGUUGCCAUGGCGAUACACAAGCGGAAACAGAGGUUAGUCGGACGGUUUGAAAUGACAGUUUCUCACAAGAGACUCAAAAAGCUGCAGUGGGUAGGGAGAAACGUGUCAUGGCAGGCUGCGGUCAAUGUAAAACAUAUGCACAGUUAAGGGUUAAGUUACUUUCACACAGAACACUUACUAUUCUUAUAUCAUAAGGACCCAUCCGCUUUUAUAUCGCAUAUUUAUUUCACCAACUGAUUCAGAAAAAAACACAACAAAAUAUUACGCAACAAACGCACUUGCGAUAUUUUUUUUAAAAAGUAUUUAAUUUAGCGCUGAUAGCUGGAAUUUUAUUUAGUAAACUCAUAUUUCCUUAUAUUUUCCCUUGAAAUACAGGAGAAACUGAUCGUUUGAAGGUUGGAAGUAGGGAUGGGGUUAAAAGUGUGAAAGAAUGGGUGGUCGUUGGUAAUGAGUCUAUGUACCAAGUUUCAGCUCGAUAGGUUGACGGCAAGGUGGUCAAUUAGCCGUCCGAAUAUUUGUCUAGGAAGGAAAAGAUGAAAUGAAUGGGCUGCGAUAAAUCUUUAGGCAGAUUAAUAAUCAACAUAAUAAACAAACAAUCAGCUUAAAAAAUAUAUAAAAAAAUACGUUAACUUUAAAUAUGAUUUGAUACGAUAAAAAUUCAAACGUUUCGGAAAAUACCUUCAUCGCAACAACAAAAAAAACUUUAGUAUUGCUUAUAAAGUAAAUGUACAACGCAUGAAAAUUCUACCUUCAAGUAAAAACAAAUAUGAAAGAAAAGAUAAAAAUACCAAUAACAUAAGUCCCUAACGGAUACAAAGAACUAAAAAGGAAAUUGUUUGAGAUUAAUUUUAGCAUUUGAUGUAUUGUAAAGGUUGAUACGGUCAUUAAAAUAAAUUUGCAACUUUAUUAUUAUUAUUUUUUUUACAUCUUUGUAUAGAAAGAGAAACGAAAUUGUUUGAGAUUAAUUUUAGCAUUUGAUGCAUUGUAAAGGUUGACAUGGUCAUUAAAAUAAAUUUGCAACUUUAUUAUUUUUUUUUUUUUGUUACAUCUUUGUAUAGAAAUAGAAACGAAAUUGUUUGAGAUUAAUUUUAGCAUUUGAUGUAUUGUAAAGGUUGAUACGGUCAUUAAAAUAAAUUUGCAACUUUAUUAUUAUUAUAAUUUUGUUGUUUACAUCUUUGUGUAGAAAUAGAAACGCCAUAGUUCCUUUCGACAAUGAAAGCGACGAAUCGACCACCUCUGUGGAUUUAGAACAGACAAAACCAGACCUUGCAGCUGUGGAAAGGGGAAGAAGUAGUAAUUUUUAUAUAAACCCCAAGCAAGCUGACGUCACGUCGUUUCGGGUGCAGUCCGCGCCUUCAGCGUUUGACCUUUAUCCGGGUCAAGGU